AUGACCAUCGAAACCUUGUCAUUGGUCUUACCGCCUUCGGAGGUGGAUGUCCUUAUUGUAGGAGGUGGACCCUCUGGAAGCUAUGCUGCUUCUGUGCUCGCCCGCGAGGGAAUUUCUGUAGUUGUCCUCGAAGCUGCUAAAUUUCCCAGAUAUCAUAUCGGGGAGUCCCUACUUCCCUCUGUACGAGGCUAUUUGCGUUUCAUUGGAGCGGAGGAGAAAGUCGCAAAAUACGGCUUCACUCGCAAACCUGGCGGAGCUAUCAGGUUUAAUCACAACAAGCAGGAAGCAUACACUGAUUUCGUCUCCAUUGGACAAGAGAAUAGUUCAUGGAAUGUGGUACGCUCCGAGUUCGACGACCUUCUCUUAAACCAUGCUCGGUCCUGUGGAGCUUCUGUCUUCGAACAGACCAAGGCCACCGCUGUGAACUUUGAAUAUGUCAACGAUUUCGAAAUCAAGAAGCCUACGUCUGUUUCUUGGGCUUUGACACCGCCCGGGAAAGGACAAGCUUCGUGUAAAGAAACCUCGAAUACAGCCAUUCGAGGCACUACUAGCUUCAAGUAUCUUAUAGACACUUCAGGUCGAGCAGGCUUAAUGUCAACCAAGUAUCUUAACAAUCGACAUUUCAACCAGGCGUUGAAGAACAUUGCCAUCUGGGGCUAUUGGGAAAAUGUGGGAAGCUACGGUGUCGGGACACCGCGAGAAGGCGCUCCCUAUUUCGAGGCAUUACUGGAUGAAUCUGGUUGGGCUUGGUUUAUCCCUAUCAAUAACGGGACUACCUCGGUUGGAUUUUGCAGGAAUCAAAAAAUGCACAACGAUGACACGGAAUUUAAUCAGCCUGCUCCUUCGGGUCUUUCUCUUCCCCAUAUCGCUCGCUCCACAACUGCGACGCGAUACAUGACCAUGCUCAGCUUAGCUCCCGGAAUAAUCAAACUGAUAACUGCACAGGGUUCUUUCGUUGAGGGUAGUGUGAAGAGCGCGAGUGAUUACAGUUAUUCUGCCCCUUUAUAUGGCGGACCAGGAUUUAGAAUCGCUGGUGAUGCAGGAGCUUUCAUAGACCCUUUCUUUUCAAGCGGCGUUCAUUUGGCGUUAACCUCUGCACUGUCUGCUGCUGCUAGUGUGAGUGCGUCGAUUAAAGGUGAUUGCACCGAAGAAGACGCAGCGAAGUGGCAUACGGCCCGAUUUGCAACAAGUUAUACAAGGUUUCAGCUUGUAGUCCUGAGCGCGUACAAGCAGCUUAGAGCUCAGAAUUUGAAUAUUUUAUCCGAUAUUGGUGAAGACAAUUACGACCGUGCCUUUGCCUUUUUGCGUCCUGUUAUUCAAGGCAAUGCGGAAAUGGGUGUACGGUUGUACGAACGCGAACUGCAGGAAUCACUUGAUUUUUGCGUGAAGCUGUUCAGUGACACUGCACCUGAAUCCCACAUCGAGCUCGUCUCCAACUCAAACAUCGCACAAGAACUACUCGAUCUCACUGCACCGGUUGUUCGUCCGCAAGAUUUGGAAAGAGCUCUCUCUGUCGCCUCUCCAUUAAAAGAUACAGAUGACUUGGAAACCCGUCGGACCCAAGAAGCAACGAAAAUGGUGCUCGAAAAGAUCAAUGCUCGAAAGGUAUUGAACCCGGAAUACACUUUGAACGGGUUCGAAGCGGAGGCCCUAAACGGAUUUACAAUCCGCUUGCAACGAGGAAAAUUGGGCCUUAAAAAGGCAUUGGAUAUAUAG